AUGUCGGACCGCGGCGGGUUUCCGUGGACGGUGGUAGUUCUCACGUGUCAACACAAAGACAGCGUCUACGCUUUUCAAAGAGAGCUGGAGUUGCGGCAGCAGCGAGGUCUUCUCCCUCGGGGGGUGCUGCUGUUGACAGUGCCGGACCGUCAGGAGCCCCUGGGCAGCGGGGGGGCCACGCUGAACGCCCUGCUGGUGGCAGCUGAGCACCUGAGCAGCCGAGCCGGACACACAGUGGUGACAGCUGAUGUCCUGGAUGAAGCUCACAUCCUCAUCCUCCACACGGGUAGAGAUUUUCCCUGGAGCUCCUGCAGCCGAGCGUUCUGCUGGCUGCCUGAAGAGAGGUCCGAGCAGAAAGUCCAGGCUCCGGUCUGUGUUCUGGACCUGCUUCUGGACCGGCUCAGUACCCAGAUCUGUCCCGGUUCUCCUCCUGGAGUUUGGGUCUGCAGCACCGACAUGAUCCUCAGCAUUCCUCCUGAUUUUGUUCUGUCCUGGGACGGAUUCUCAGGAGUUCGGGUUUUGGCGGUACCAGGUGACGUCUCGUUCGCAGUCGAUCACGGAGUCUACCUGACCGACCCUCAGGGUCAUGUCCGAGACAUCAUCUACAGGGGAACCAGGGAGCAGAUCCAACGAGCCGUGAUGCAUGAUGGGAAAGUCCCGCUGGUUUCGGGUCCGGUCUUCUUCUGCAGGACCGUUUCAGAGAAACUGCUGCAGACUCACGUCAGCCCUCCUCUGGAUGGCUGCACCUACCUGGGUUUGGACUCUGGAGCUCCACCCCUCCAGAUCUCGCUCUUCCUGGACCUGCUGAAGUGUCUCUGCUCAGACCUGACCCAGGAUCAGUUUGUGAGCGAGGACAGAGCCGGCUGCAGUUCUGUGUCCGGACCCAACGGGGCGACGGUGAGGAGCGGCAGGUUGGAGCUGUGGAGGAUUCUGAGAGGAGCGCCGCUCUCACUGGCGUACGUCCCCAACGGUCGCUACGACUACCUGACUCUGUCCGGGAAGCAGCACGUCCACCGUCUGACCCGCGACUGGAUGGACAGAAGGACUCUGUCUCACGUCCAGACUGAGAGCCGGCUGAGCGACGGGGCUCGACUCAUCAACAGCGUUCUGGAGGGAGACGUUUCCGUGGCAACUGGAGCGGUGGUUCAACACUGUCACUUACAGGGUCCUCUGGAUGUCCCGUCUGGUUGUCUGCUGUCGGGUCUCGAAGCGUCCGUGUCGCCGUGCGUCAGGCAACUGGCGCUCAGCAGUGACAUCAUCAUCCAGGGACACCGAAUCGAGCUGGGGGAGCUGAAGUUGAAUGUGUACACGGUUAUAGGCGUGCACGACGACCUGCAGGCCUCCUCUGACGACAGCACCUCCUCCUUCCUGAACCAGCGCUGGAGCGUUUUCUUCAGCUCCACAGGAGUCCAGCCGGAGGAACUGUGGGUCCGAGGCGAACGGCAGUCCCUCCUGGAGGCCCGACUCUUUCCGGUCCUCCACCCCAGAGGAGGCGCUGUCGGUCUGGAGGGAGGGGUGAACUGGCUGCUGGGGGGGUCUGGGUGUCUGAGGAGGUGGAGGGAGGCAUGGAGACUCUCUCUGAGGGAGGUGCUGUCGCUCACACACCAGGAGGCAGAGCUCCAGUGGAGGGAGGAGCUUCUGUUCCUAGCGGGGAGGAGAAGGGUGACGGACGCCCUGCGGAGUCUCACCAACACCUGCAUGCUGCCUUGCUUCAGGGCAGCGGUCCUGGGAGGCCAGCAGGAGGUGCUACUGGAGACUCUGGACAGUAUUGCAGCAGGAAGUGGAGAGCAGGGGGCGGAGCUUGGAGUGGAGAUGGGCGUGGCUGCUCGCUGUCUCUCCUGCAUAGCUGAUGUGUUGGUGUGCAUGGCCGGGGGGAAGGGGGGUUUGAGAAGUGGACCGGCUUCAAAUGAGGCCUGGCGUGCCGCCUACAUCCUGUUAGAGGAGGGGAACCUGAGGGGCGGAGUCUACGCUCUCGCCUCUCAGAGACGGAGCUGGCUGAGCAGGCCGGACCUGCUGGUGCGAGCAGCGCGACACUAUGAAGGCGCAGGACAGGUGCUGCUCCGGCAGGCUGUGAUGUCAUCGCAGAGGUUUGUCUGCAUUGGGCGGGGGGUGAUGCCACCGGUUGGGGAGUGGCAAGAAGUGGAGUGUCCAGCCCGACUGGACCUGGCAGGUGGUUGGAGCGACACUCCACCCAUCGCCUUCGAGCACGGCGGCUCCGUGACCAACGUGGCGGUGAAGGUUGACGGGAAACGUCCAAUCGGGGCCAGAGCCCGACGCAUCCUGAAGCCCCGCCUCCUGCUGGUUAGCUGCAGCAAAGGGCGGGACAGCGGGGUUUCCACGGAGACGGUGUGUGAGAGCCUGGACGACCUGAAGGACCAUUGUCAGCCUCAUGCUCCCGGAGCUCUGCUGAAGGCGGUGUGUGUCUGCAGCGGCCUGGUGUCUCUGUCCUCCCAGGAUCCUCUGGACCAUCAGCUGAUGCAGAGAUGGGGUGGAGGGGUGGAGCUUCACAGCUGGUCAGAGCUGCCGACCGGAUCUGGACUGGGUACCAGCAGCAUCCUGGCGGGGGCACUGUUGGCAGCGGUCUACAGAUGCACGGGUCGGACCUACGACACGGACUCUCUGAUCCACGGAGUCCUGCACCUGGAGCAGAUUCUCACCACAGGUGGCGGCUGGCAGGACCAGGUGGGCGGUCUUGUGGGCGGAGUUAAAGUGGGUCAUUCCCGAGCAGUUCUGCCCCUACAGGUGGAGGUGGAGCGUCUGUGUCCUCCUGAGGAGUUCCUGGUGUCUUUGCAGCAGCACCUCCUGCUGGUUUACACAGGGAAAACCCGUCUGGCCCGGAACCUGCUGCAGGACGUGGUCCGCAGCUGGUACAGCCGUCUGCCGUCGAUGGUUCUGAACGUGCAGCAGCUCGUGUCCAACUCUGAGGAGUGUGCCAGAGCGUGUUCAGAAGGUUCUCUGGUCAGACUGGGUCAGUGUUUGGACCGCUCAUGGCAGCAGAAGAAGCUGAUGGCGCCGGGCUGCGAGCCGGCUUCAGUCCGGGUCAUGAUGGAGGCCCUGAGGCCGCUGGUCCUGGGUCAGAGCCUGGCCGGCGCCGGCGGGGGCGGCUUCCUCUACCUGCUGACCCGGGAACCUCGGCAGCAGGAAGCGGUGCUGCAGGUCCUCAGCAGAACGCCGGGUCUGGGGGACGUCAGCGUUCACUCAGUGGAGCUGGACUCAGAGGGAAUCACCGUCCUGACCUGAAGAACCGACG